CCUGUGGGUUUCUUGUCGAUUAAAAUAAUAAUAAUAAAAUAAAAGCAACAGAGAGCUAAUAACUAGUUGGAAUUUUUAAGCUUUCACCCUUAUAUUCAUCACAAUCAUUUCUCAAACCCCAAACCUUUUCUUUCCAUUCAUUUCUCCGUUAACUCUUCCCAUGUCUCAUGCGUUUCUAUAAGCACUAACUUUUCUAACUCCCUCCACAGAGAGAGAAAAUGACAUCAAGGUUCUCCGGCAGUGGCGCAGAUUUCUACACCGGCAUCGUGGGUAGAUCCAUAAUCUCCAUGAAUUCCAACAACCCAUCUCAACCUUCCUAUAGAAACCAGCUCUCUCAAAUGUUUCUAGACCCUACCUCUCAGAUCGCUCAACACCGAACAACCGCCACGAACUUAACAACCCAAAGCGUAAUCGGAAAACGAACGCUUGCCGAUUUCCAAGCACAUCAACAGCAACAGCUACAGCAGUCAAACCUAAACCCAGCACUAAAUGAUCUGCUCCUUCGGUCCGUGAAGCCCAGGAUGUACCAACAUACAUCCCCAAUCUCCCCUCUCUCGUCCAUCGAAUUAUCGGCUAACAUGUCUCCAGAAUUACCCUCGUCUCAGCGUUGCGGUGUGCCUCUUCUUCAACGGCUCAGGCCCCAGCCCAUCAAUCUUGGGCACGGACCCACCAUUCAGUCUGCGAAACACACCUCUUCCUCUUUUCCUUACGUGAACAUGCUCCAAAAUCAAAACGGAGGAGGGGGAGUGGUUAUGGUAGGACAAGAAUCAAAAAAGAAGAUGAUGAAUCGAUUGCAGGAGCUGGAGAAGCAGCUUCUGGAUGACAACGAAGACGACGAAGGCGAUGCGGUUUCGGUGAUUACUAACGGUAACAGCGAGUGGUCAGAAACUAUACAGAAUCUCAUCACUUCUUCAAGUGCCAACCUGAUUUCUCCAUCGCCUACUUCAUCGUCCUCAUCUCCUUGUUCCUCCUCAACAUCGGUGACCACUCCAGUCCACAAUUGCUCAAAACAAACGCUACUUGACGCUGCUUCCGCCAUUUACGAAGGCAAAACUGGUGUUGCGAGUGAGAUCUUGACGCGGGUAUCUCAGUUCUCGAACCCGAAAGGGAAUUCUGAACAGAGAUUGAUGGAAUACAUGUUGAUAGCACUCAAAUCACGGGUUAACCCCGCGGAGAACCCGCCGCCAGUGGCGGAGCUGUAUAGCAAGGAACAUUUGGGGUCGACCCGGUUACUGUAUGAAGUCUCUCCUUGUUUCAAACUUGGGUUUAUGGCUGCUAAUCUCGCAAUUCUUGAGGCUACCGUAGACCAGCCCACCAGCAGCAGCGGGCUUCAUGUUAUCGAUUUCGAUGUAGGCCAGGGAUGCCAAUACAUAAAUCUUUUGCACGCGCUAUCUGAGCGUCUGAAUAGGAAGCCUUCCAUUGUGAAGAUCACAGCGGUAGCUGAUAAUGGAGGGGAAGAGAAAGAGAGGUUGAAGUUGGUUGGUGGUAAGCUGAGUCAAGUCGCAGAACGGCUUGCUGGGGUUUCUUUACGUUUCAACGUUGUGAGCUGUAAACUCGGUGAGUUGAGCCGCGACUCAUUGGGUUGCGAUCCUGAAGAGCCUUUGGCCGUAAAUUUUGCAUUCAACCUGUAUCGAAUGCCUGACGAGAGUGUCUCAACGGAGAAUCCUCGAGACGAACUUCUGCGGCGCGUGAAGGGGUUGGCGCCACGCGUGGUGACGCUAGUGGAACAAGAAAUGAACACAAAUACGGCUCCAUUCAUGGCGCGAGCGAACGAGGCCUGCUCGUAUUAUGGGGCAUUGUUUGACUCGAUUGAGUCGACGAUGCAGAGGGAGAACUUAGAUAGAGUGAAGGUGGAAGAAGGACUGGGUCGGAAACUCGCCAACUCGGUUGCUUGCGAAGGUAGGGACCGUGUGGAAAGAUGCGAAGUGUUUGGGAAAUGGCGGGCCCGGAUGGGAAUGGCAGGGUUCGAGUUGAAGCCACUGAGUCAAAACGUGGGAGAGUCGAUGAAAGCCAGACUGAGUUCUGGAAACCGGUUGAACACAGGUUUCACUGUUAAAGAAGAAAAUGGUGGGGUUAGUUUCGGUUGGAUGGGAAAAACACUCACCGUCGCAUCUGCUUGGCGUUAGCUUCACUGUCUUUCUUUUUUGGCUAAUAUUAUUAAUUGUUAUACCUAGUAUUUUUAACUUUUUUCCUGAGAAAAUGGAAAGCGCAAAGGAGAAUUGAAGAAAUAAUAAAGGCAGUGAUUUCAUUUGAGGAAAA